AUGCCCGUAUCAGUUGUCCGCAGUAAAAACCGUUAUAUUGCCCACAAACAAGACCAAAUGAGAAACAUCGACAAGGCAAAGAAAAAAAACUGCAGGCUUUUGCAAAUCCAUAACCAGAGGAUAAAUGGACCAAAAGGAAUCCAGACCGUCUGUAGGACGAAAAUGAACGAAUAUGAUGAUGAAAGAAUGCUUGUUGAAUUUCAGUUGGAGAGACUUCAGCGCGAAUUGGCCAAAAAUGCCCUCCUCGGCGACCGCGAACAACUUCGCUCUGUGGCUGCUUCUGGAACGUUUGAUGAUGAUAAUGAUGUUUUCGAAGAUAUUGAGUACGAAUUCGUUGAAGACAAAGCUGAUGUGCUAAAAAGAGACAGACUCUUGGAAGAUUUUGGGAGAAAUUUUCAUGGCUACAUAAGUCGCCCGGGCGAAAAUAUGACGUCCAUUUCAGAGAAGAAAAUCAAAUCGGAGUUUUCCAGGACUUCUUUGCACCGGUCGUCGAGGGUCCGAAGAACCGACCCACGAGUGAAAAGACUCAGAGCAGUGGAAGAUUUGAAAGAACAGACACUCAUCGAAGCGGAGAUUGAUCGAUUCCGGAUGCGUUCGUCGCAAUACGCCGAUAACGACAGCCAGCAAGACUGGGUGCGCCCAAGAAAAACAAGACCGAAGAGAAAUGUUGAUUAUCCUGUUCGAUGGGGGCCGGGAGUCAAACAGAAGCCAAAGAAUAGAUCGAUUCUUGAUGAUUUCAACUAUUUUAACAUUUUGCUACCUGCGCUGAGGGAUCAAAAGCAAAUUGGAAAUGCUGUCAAUCACAAGGACGAACGAGGAGUAUUCCUGAACGACGAGAACAGAGAAGGCCUACUUGCUCGAUUGCUGAAAGAUCAAACUUCUGAUUCUCUUGAAAACUCGGACACGGAAAGCACCUUUAUUCCCGAACCAUUUGCUCCCGAUGGCAACUUCCGAACUGCGCUGACGAUGCCAGAAUCAUCCGAAGCAAUGCUUGAAAAUGCUCAGAUGUCGAGAUAUGUUAAAUCGAAUAAGAAAAGAUUCUUUGACGAAGAAAUCAGCGCUUCUGCGUUGUUCAGCCACACUGCGAGUUCAAGUUCGAUGAAAUAA